AUGUUUAUGGAUAACCUUCUAAGCUCAUAUAGGGAACUGGAAAGAUCUUUCAUGAAAAAGUUCUACGAACUUUACAAGGCUUUCAAGUUCCGUACAUUAUGGGAAGGAAACAAUCCCUUGGCCUCGUUUCGAAGAGUAGCGAGUGAAAGUGCCAAGGGCACGGGACGACUAAACGGCGUUGUACAACUCACUGGAGUGCUUCGAAAGUUCCAGAAACUUAAGGAUAAAGCCAACAAGUGUUUCACUUUUAAUAAAUACACCACUGACAUACACAGAUGGAGUUUCAAUAGUGUAAAAGACAAAAAGGUAACAACAACAACAAUGUACUUAUUUAAAGAAAUAUAAAGUUUACAAUUUUAUGUCCUGCAAAUAGCUAUAAUGCUAAUCUAGGCAGGGCAAGACUUUAAAUGAAGACGUUAUUAAAUUACAUAAAAAAAGAAGCCUAUUUAGCUAUAGUUAAAGCAUUCUGUCUUGGAAAAUAUUGUUUGCAAUAGCUAUCUUUGUAUGUGAUAUAGACACGACUAAAACUUUGCAUCCAAUUUUAUGACUCCUGAUUAAAAUAUCUCCAAACCUAGAGUGCAAUGAUAAAGCGAAUUCUCCCUCUUCCAAAUUACUAUUCUAAGUUUUAAAAGCCUCUCAGUAAGUUCACAGUUCGUGUUUUAUCCGAGUCUGGAACUAAUAAUUAUACACUCAGUUGUUCCUCUUAUUUUAAAUAAAAAGAUCAAUCUGAUUUUUGGGACGAAUUUCUUCUUUGUCGUUAUCGUUUUUGUUGUUAAUACAUGGCGUAGGAAAUGUUUACCCUUUCCUAGUCUUAAAAGACCAUUGUUGGAUUGAAUUUAAAGGUAACCCGCAUAAAAACUGAAUACCUUAUUGGAGGAAAUUAACAAUGCACGUUGACAACGCGAAAAAAAUUUACGUUGCACUAAAUUAACGCUAAUUUUUCAUAAGUUAGGUUUACAUGCAUGAAAUUAACGCGACGAGCAUCUCUUUAUAUUCAACACAAAUUUGCAGCACUUACAAAAUCUCAACAUAAAUAUAUAUCAAGGAGAAAAAGAAGCAUUUACAUGAAGGAGUUUUUGACCUGUUAACUUUGCUGUUAUGUUAACAUUGCGUUUUAUCUGUUUUAGAUGUUUGAAGACCUUGCCUCUAAAGGCUAUUCAAGAUUUACCAUUAACAUUGACCAGAGCUGUGUAAAAUGCUAUAACAUGCGUCUACUCAAGGUAAGAUCCUGA